UCUCUCCUCUGCCCGUUUUAUCUUUUUCUGUACCUUUUCCUUUGGAUUGCCUACUGAAACUUAACAUCUCUUCUGUUACUCAAACACAACCUCCAUCUUUAAAACAAGAGUACCACACUAUAUCCAAAAGAAUCCUCAGAACAAACAGGCUGGAAUGGAUAGAGCAAAGUUUGGUAACAGAUGAAGAAUUGGGUCAGUUAAAGCAGCCAUUAAUUCAUAUGGAGAUAGGAUUCUUGAAGGUAGUCCACUCAUGAAACCCCAGAUGGAUUUCUCAGAGAAGACCUCUUCGAGAACAAGAGAAUUGCAUAUAGCACGAAGGGACCUUGGUCGAUACAAAGAGAGCAAAAAGGCUGCGGAGUCAGUAAGUGCUCAAGCAGAAUCUGAGCUCUCUAAUGCAAAGAAGACAGUGAAAGAUCUAUCUUUAUUAAUUGAGAAGUCGAACUCGAAGGCAAAGGCGCAGAUGCAAGACAUUGAGAUGCUAAAUAAAUCGAGGAGGCGCGAAGAACGGGCAUUGGCUGUUAGGAACAUUGAGAGUUAUCAGUAUGCAGAAGUGAUGAGAGAACUGGAAUUUGUGAAACAGGAGUUGAGUAAGCUUAAGCUAGACAUGGCUCAUGUUUUGGAAGAGAAAUCGCGGACAGAGAAGGAAGUUGAAGCCUCAAGUUCGAAAAUGUUUUCUUAUUUGAGCUCUGCUCAAGCCCUUUCGAAGGAGAUUGAGAAAGCUAAUGAAGAACAAGUGCUUGUUGAGGUUGCAAGGAUUGAGGCUUUGAAAGAAUUCAGAGAGAUAGAAGCUCAGAGAGUAAAGGAAGUCACUGAAUUCUCAGCUGCAUUGGAGGAAACCAAACAGAAGAUGAAGGAUAGGAUUGAAGAGAUUGACCAAUCAAAAGAGCUUGAAACCAAAUUGGCUGUCACACUGUCUGAUGUUGAUGUGUUGCAAAGUGAGCUGGUGAAACAAAUGGACAAAAAGGUUCAGAGAAAUGAUAGCCUGAACCGAGGCAGUUUUCGAGAAGAAGAAGAAUUGGGAGCUUCGCCAGUCAUAGAAGAGUUGGAGGCAGCAAAAAAGGAAUUGGCUUUGGUAAGAGAAGAAGGUUUUCAGUUCAUGGCCUCGAUGGAUAUCAUAAGAAAUGAGUUAAAGCAUGUCACGAAAGAGACUUUCCGGUUCAAGAAAACAGGAGAGAAGUCAGAUUUAACUGUUCAGAAUCUCAAUUCGAAGCUGCUCAGAGCCAAUACCAAGUUAGAAGCUGUAUCUGCAGCUGAGGAAAAAGCUAAAUCGAUUUUAUCCAAUCUAUCCCUCACUCUUGAACAGUUUAAGAGAGAAGCAGAGACCGCAGAGAAAGAAAAAGAGUUUUUUACAGCAGAAACUGCAACCACAAAGGCAGAGAUUCUAAAAACUGAGUCUGAGAUAGACAUAACCGAGGAAAGAUUACGGGUUGCUAUGCGAGAGCUUGACGUCAUGAAAUCGUUGGAAGCUGUAGCUCUUGAGAAUCUAAGAACUCUUAUUGAGAAUACCAUGAGUGCCAGGGUUUCAGCAUCUCAGCAUAGCUCUAAGAUUAUCAUUUCAAAGUUUGAAUAUGAGUAUUUAACUAGGCGUGCAGGUGGGGCCGGAGAAAUUGCUGAUAAAAAGGUUGCAGCAGCUCAUGCAUGGAUUGAAGCUCUAAAGGCCAGUGAGAAGGAAAUAUUGAUAAAGACAGAAUUAGCUCAGAGAAAGAUCAGAGAGAUGAGGUUGGAGGAAGAGACAGAGGCCUCUAGAACACAGAAGUCACUUUCUGCUAAGCGAAUUGUUGAGGGAGGAUUACAGAACUGGAGGCAGAAAAGUGAGAAGAACGUAGAAAAUGCAGAAGCCGAAAACUUGCAAUGCCCACUGCCUGGAAAAACUAUGAAAGGUAAUGACAAUAUGAUUCCAUCCAGGGGAGCCAGGUUUCAAAAAUCUGCCUCACCAGCGGCUCGAAGGGCUGCCUCACCAGCAACUCAACAUAUUAAUUCUUUCACUAUUAAGAAAAAGAAGGUAAAGCCCAAUCUGGCCAAGUUGUUUAGUGGCAAGAGAAUUGACAGGGAUCGGUAAGCUUCCUGAAGUUCGGUAGAUCUAUCUGCACUUUUCUGGAAGCUCCUUAGGCAAGUGAUUCCAAUCCAUAGAAUAAAUAAUGAACUAUGACAUACUUUUAGUACGAGGAGAUAACAGGCAAUUGGAUGUUCUCAAUAAGUGCUCCUCUUCAAUGUUUCAUUUUGCUUUAUUUCAAAUAAAUGAAACUCCUUGUAUAACAAGAGGCCUCCGAGUGCCAUGCUUACAGGUUUAUAUGAUUUAGCAUAUAAGAGAACUAAAGAA